AGGCAGCCGGGCAGCACACCCUCCGCACCGAGCGAGCCCAGCCGUCGGUAACGGAGAAGAUGGCAGAGAGGCAACAACAGAAACACGAAGGCAGGGUAAAAAUCGGCCAUUACAUCCUCGGCAACACGCUCGGAGUGGGAACCUUCGGGAAAGUGAAGAUUGGCGAGCAUCAGUUGACGGGUCAUAAAGUGGCUGUAAAGAUCCUAAACAGACAGAAGCUCCGCAGCCUCGAUGUCGUCGGGAAGAUUAAAAGAGAGAUCCAGAACCUCAAACUGUUCAGACACCCACACAUUAUCAAGCUGUACCAGGUGAUAAGUACACCCACAGACUUCUUCAUGGUCAUGGAGUAUGUUUCUGGCGGUGAGCUGUUUGACUACAUCUGCAAACAUGGACGGGUGGAGGACACAGAAGCCCGGCGUCUUUUCCAGCAGAUUAUCUCAGCUGUGGACUACUGCCACAGACACAUGGUGGUCCACAGAGACCUCAAACCUGAGAACGUCCUGCUGGAUGCCUGCAAGAACGCCAAGAUAGCUGACUUUGGUCUGUCGAACAUGAUGUCCGAUGGGGAGUUCCUACGGACGAGCUGUGGCUCACCCAACUACGCUGCUCCAGAGGUCAUCUCAGGAAGGCUCUAUGCCGGCCCAGAGGUGGACAUCUGGAGCUGUGGGGUGAUCCUGUACGCCCUGCUGUGCGGCACGCUGCCCUUCGAUGAUGACCACGUCCCCACGCUGUUCAAGAAGAUCAGAGGAGGGGUCUUCUACAUGCCAGAGUACCUGACUCGCCCGGUGGCCUCGCUGCUCACACUCAUGCUGCAGGUGGACCCUCUGAAGAGAGCCACCAUCAAAGACAUAAGGGAACACGAGUGGUUCAAGCAGGACCUGCCGUGCUACCUGUUCCCCGAGGACCCCUCGUACGAUUCGUCAGUGCUGGAUGAGGAGGCCGUCAGGGAAGUGUGCGAGAAGUUUGAAUGCACCGAGACAGAGUUUGUGUCCAGCCUUUACAGCGGGGAUCCACAGGAUCAUCUGUCCGUAGCUUAUCACCUGAUAAUAGACAACCGUCGCAUCAUGACCCAGGCCAGCGAGUUCUACCUGGCCUCCAGUCCUCCCCAGGGCUCCUUCAUAGAAGAGGGCAUGCCGCUGCCCCCCGGGGUUAAAGCCCACCCAGAAAGGAUGCCUCCCCUCCUGGCAGACAGCCCAAAGUCUCGUUGUUCUCUGGAUGCUCUCAACACAACCCGGCCCAAACCCUUAGCAGUGAAGAAGGCCAAGUGGCACCUCGGCAUCAGGAGUCAGAGCAGACCCUACGACAUCAUGGCUGAAGUGUACAGGGCUAUGAGAACCCUCAGCUUUGAUUGGAAGGUGGUGAACCCAUAUCACCUGCGGGUGCGGAGGAAGAAUCCAGUGACAGGAAACUUGGUGAAAAUGAGCCUGCAGCUGUACCAGGUGGACAGCAGAUCUUACCUCCUCGACUUCAAAAGCAUCGAUGGUUAG